AUGAGUAACAGAGUACAUAAGAAGCACAAGAACAACAACUUCAAGACCUCGGACAGAAGACUGGCCAGUGGCUCCAAGGCUGAGUCGUUCCUCCUGGGCAAGAACAGCAUGAGCAGCGUGGCGGUUGUGAACACGAAGGCUCCAAAGAGCAAGGCCACCACGCCAGGCGGCAAGGUGUUCAAGCUGUUCGUCGGCAACCUGGGCAAAGACGCCACGGAGGACGUGGUACGAACGUCCUUCCAGAGGUUCGCCUCGCUGUGCACCGUCGAGGUGCCAAUGUCCAAUGGUGAGAACAAGGGCUUUGCCUUUGUUGGGUUUAACGACUCUGGGGACUAUCUGGACGCCUUCAAGACCAUGAACGGCAAAUAUGUCGGGCACCAUCCCUGUGUGCUGAAAAGGGCCAAAUGA